GCAAAGAUUACCUUAUUUGGAAUACAUUCCUUUUUUAUGUCUCUGUUUAUCAGUGCUUCCCCUCUUCCUUCUUUAUUUAAUGACACUUUUGAGUUGAUUAAUAAAAAUGACAUCUUGUGCGUUGUGGCCAUGAAUGAUGACUACACUCGAUAACGCAAUCCCAGGAACUUCCAAUAGGGUACAGUAUGCAAUCUCCGAAUGAUUACCAUAUAAAGAGAGAGGGAGAGACUAUCGCUCUUUUGGUCACCUUUUCUCUUUCUCUCUCUUGUUAUUUAUAAUCAAUAUGGCUACCAAUAUUACAUGGCAUCAAGGACACGUUUCAUUACAAGAACGUCAAGAAUUAUUAAAGCAAAAGGGUUAUACAAUUUGGUUUACAGGAUUAUCUGCCUCUGGUAAAUCUACUUUAGCCACUGCCUUGGAACAAACUCUUCUUCAUUCUGGUAUUAGCGCAUAUAGAUUAGAUGGCGAUAAUAUAAGAUUUGGCUUGAAUAAAAAUUUGGGCUUUGGACCUGAAGAUAGAACUGAAAAUAUUCGUCGUAUCUCUGAGGUUGCCAAACUAUUUGCAGAUGCAACCACUAUUGCUAUCACAGCAUUUAUUAGUCCAUACCGUGCUGAUCGUGAUGCAGCUCGUGCUCUUCAUGAAGCAGCAGGCAUCCCAUUUAUUGAAGUCUUUGCAGAUGCACCUCUUGACGUGGUCGAAUCUAGAGAUCCCAAGGGGCUUUACAAAAAGGCCAAGGCAGGUGAAAUUAAGGAAUUCACUGGUAUUUCUGCACCCUAUGAAGCACCCCUGAAGCCAGAAAUUCAUAUUCAUACUGAUCAAAUGACUAUUGAACAAGGCGUAGAAGCAAUUAUUGACUAUCUUUUGUCACAUAAUUUGCUUGAUUCUCAGAAAAUAAUUAAAAAGUACUAGUUCCCUCUUUUCUUUUUCUUUUUUUU